CAGUGAAUCGAGAUUGCGCUAACGUACUCCAGUCUGGGCGACAGCGAGAUUCGGCUAAAAAAAAAAUUCGACUUAAAAUAGUUCUGGAGUCGGAAUGGGUUUACAUUUAAUUCUUAACCCAGUUCCUCAAAGCCUGUAGCUCUGUUAAAAAAAAUAAAGGCCAUUGGUCAAGACAGCUUGGUCCCACCCCCGUCUCCUCAUCCUCCCCCAAUCGCUGCUCCCGCCAUUUCCUGGGGCUUGGAGGAGGGGUUAAGGGAGGGGACUGUAGGCGUCACAUUUCCCGCCUGCGCGCUUUUCAUUCUCUGUGUCCGCUGGAGGUGGGGGAAGGGUAACGUAGAUAUAUAAAGAUCGGUUCCCCUGUUCUCUCUCACUUGCUCUUGGUUCACUUCUUGGGAAGUCAUGUCUGGACGUGGUAAGGGCGGGAAGGGUUUGGGUAAGGGGGGUGCCAAGCGCCACCGCAAGGUGUUGCGUGACAACAUCCAGGGCAUCACCAAGCCGGCCAUCCGGCGUCUGGCCCGGCGUGGCGGUGUGAAGCGGAUCUCUGGUCUGAUCUACGAGGAGACUCGCGGGGUGCUUAAGGUGUUCUUAGAGAACGUGAUCCGUGACGCUGUCACCUAUACGGAGCACGCCAAGCGCAAGACGGUCACUGCCAUGGACGUGGUCUACGCUCUCAAGCGCCAGGGACGCCGUUUCACUACACUUUUGUGUGUGCUCUCAUUGCAAAUGGCUCGUACGAAGCAAACAGCUCGCAAGUCCACCGGCGGCAAAGCGCCGCGCAAACAGCUUGCUACUAAAGCGGCCCGUAAGAGCGCUCCGGCCACCGGUGGCGUGAAGAAACCUCACCGCUACCGGCCGGGCACUGUAGCCUUGCGCGAAAUCCGCCGCUACCAGAAGUCCACCGAGCUGCUGAUCCGGAAGCUGCCAUUCCAGCGCCUGGUGCGAGAAAUCGCCCAGGACUUCAAAACCGACCUUCGCUUCCAGAGUUCUGCGGUGAUGGCGCUGCAGGAGGCUUGCGAGGCCUACCUGGUGGGGCUCUUCGAAGACACCAAUCUGUCUGUGAUACAAAUCAUGUCUGGUCGCGGCAAGGGCGGAAAAGGCUUGGGGAAGGGUGGUGCUAAGCGGCAUCGUAAGGUGCUCCGGGAUAACAUCCAGGGCAUUACAAAGCCCGCUAUUCGCCGUUUGGCUCGGCGCGGUGGCGUCAAGCGCAUUUCCGGUCUUAUCUACGAGGAGACUCGAGGUGUGCUUAAGGUUUUCUUAGAGAACGUUAUUCGAGACGCCGUCACCUAUACGGAGCACGCCAAGCGCAAAACCGUCACAGCCAUGGAUGUAGUAUAUGCCCUAAAACGUCAGGGGCGCACUCUAUAUGGUUUCGGCGGCUGAAUCUAAGAAUACGCGGUCUCCUGGGAACUUAAAAAAAAACAAAACAAAACACCAAAGGCCCUUUUCAGGGCCGCUCA